AUGCUGUAUCGAUUUCUUUGGAUUUUUUUUUUUUUUUUCCUUUCAACUUUUUUUGUGAAAAAUGCAUAUAAAGAAGGAGAUAAAGUUGUUAUUAAUAUAAAAAAUUUAUAUAGUAGACGAGGAAUUACGAGUUUAAAUUAUUUUUCAUUUCAUCUAUGUUCCUCAAAAGAUAAUAACAAAAAAGAAGAAAGAGCACCAAACAUUUUUAAAAUAAUAUCAGGGGAUAUAUUAUAUAAUUCAUUUAUAGAAACUAAUUUUAAACAAAAUAAAACAUGUGCAAAUUAUUGCGAAAUAUUAAUAAACGAUGAUACUUAUAAUAAAUAUAAAUAUUUAAUUCUAUACAAUUAUAAUAUUAUAUAUACCACUGAUAAUGUUGAUAUAUUUCGAGAGGACCCCAAACGGAAAGGCCUAUACUACUCAGGAAUCCCCAUUGGAUUCAUAAAAGAUGGAAAAUACCAUCUCUACAACUAUUACAAAAUAAAAAUUUUAUACAAUACUGCAAAGCCAAACUCGGAUUCGCAUUACAUAGUUGGGUUUGAAGUGAGUCCAGAAAGCCGAGACUUCCAAAAUGACAAUACAUGUACUAAUGACGAAACAAGUUUUAUAAUGGAAAAAAAUAAAAAAGUUAUAUUUAAAUAUGAUAUCAUAUAUGAAAAAAGUGACAAUUCUUAUCAGCAUAGAUCUGAGCAUUAUUAUCGAAAUCUUAAUGACCAAAGCAUUAUACAUUGGUUUUCAAUUAUAAACAGUAUAAUAUUAAUUAUUUUAUUAUCUGGUUUUAUAAGUACAAUAUUAAUAAAAACAUUACAUAAAGAUAUAAAUAAAUAUAAUAGAAUCAAUACAAAUAUAUUUGAAACAGAUGACUUAGAUGAUAGAGGCUGGAAAUUAGUUCAUGGCGAUGUUUUUAGAAAACCACGAAAUUCUACAUUUUUUUCAGCUUUUAUUGGUGUGGGUAUACAAAUUAUAUGUAUGAUCAUUGUUUGUGCUAUUAUAUCAUUCAUAGGAAUAUAUAAAUAUAAGCAAAGAUAUAGAUAUGUACAAAUCAUGUUUUUUAUCUGGGUAUUUAUUAGUAGUAUAUCUGGAUAUGCAUCAUCAAGAUUAUAUAAAUUAUUCAAAAGUAAACAUGUCAAAUUAACGGUUUUUAGAACAUCAUUGAUAUAUCCAUUUAUUUUAUUUCUUAUUUUUUUUCUUAUUAAUAUUGUAUUAAAAUAUGAAAAUUCUAAUACUGCAAUAUCUUUUAGUUCUUUGAUAUUUGUUUGUAUACUUUGGUUUGGCAUAUCUAUUCCUUUAAUAUGUCUUGGAUCAUAUAUUGGGAAUAAAAAAAAACCCACUGAAUUACCUGUUCGUGUUAAUAAUAUUCCAAGACAUAUUCCAAAACAACCUUUUUUUAAUUCUUUUUUUGUUUCCUCCAUUCUGGUUGGACUCGUUUUGUUUGCGACGAUGUACACCGAGUUGUUCUUUCUGUUUACUUCCUUGUGGAAAAGAAAUAUGUACUACUUAGUUGGCUUCUUAUUUUUAGUAAUAUUCCUCUUAGGAUUGCUAAGUGCACAAUUAUCAAUAGCCAUAACAUAUUAUACAUUAUCUUGUGAGGAUUACAAUUGGUGGUGGAAAUCGUUUUUUGCCCCAGGAUCUUCAGGAAUAUUUUUAUUUUUAUAUUCAAUUUAUUAUUUUUUUUCUAAAUUAAGUAUAUACACUUUUUCAGAAACUUUUAUUUAUUUUGCAUAUUCAUUUAUUAUGUCUUAUACUUGUUUUAUAUAUACUGGCACAGCAGGGUUUUUAGCUUCUUUUAUUUUUCUAAAAAAAAUAUAUUCAUCUAUUAAAAUUGAUUAA